AUGGGCGGUUUCUACAUGCAGUAUCUCGAGAGCCUCUGCCGGCGUCGAGGAUGGACAGACCCCAUGUACGAGUGCUACCGGGACCACAGCGGCUACACUUGUCUUGUCCUGGUCAACGGCCGCGAGUACCAGACGGAUCUCGCCUACGAGUCUGACGUUCUUGCUCAGGAGAACGCCGCCAUGCGUGCCUUUAUGGUCUGUCGCAACUUCUCUGUCAACGGAGGCAUGCUGGCCCGCAACGGCAUCGUCCAGGGCCUGCCUGCUCAGGACUCGGGCCGCCGCCGCAAGAGUCGUCACACUUCAUCCCGGGACAGUGACCGCCACAGUCGACGAUCAGGUCAUCACUCGAGCAGUAGCUCGACAGCCUCGUUCGAGUAG